AAACGCAGCUUUAAUCUUUUCAAUAUAUUUGUAAAACAUUCAAUCAGUUUUGCAAUAUAAAUAUACACAAGAGCAAAGCAUUUUAAGGACUCUUAAAAUGAAAAAGACGUAGAUUAAAUAAAGAAUCUUACAGGUAAAUCUCUUUAUUAUGAUUGUGAUACACAAUUCAUCAUAAUUUCAGAGACCAGAACACACCUGUUCUGUUUAUAGUAACCUAGAAAUUGUCAAAACCAAAUCAAGGAAAUUAUUUGUUAUCUAAAUGUUCAGGUCCAGGCUACAGAGAGCGUUUCUUUUGGGAAUAUUUGAUUUUGUUUUUAAGAGAGAGACUUAUCCCCAGCAUGAAGAUCUGACAGAGAGGGAAUUGGACGAACAAAAGAGAAGAGAAGUCAUUAACAAGUCAGACGAUUUCUACAACACCAAUAGACAUGAGGAGGCUUGUUUACUACUAACAGAUUACAAGAACUCUGGGGACACAGAGGUGCUAUGGCGAUUGGCCAGAGCCAAAUACAUGCAGUAUGACGCAAACCGUGACACCAACAGACAGCAUCUGAUAGUGGAGGCCUAUGACGUCAUCACCAGAGCACUCCGCCUAGGUGACGACAAGUACUCAGUACUUCACAAGUGGUAUGCCGUGCUUCUAGAUGAGAAAAGUGCCAUAGAUGGACUCAGGCAAAGGAUUCAGGCUCUUGAAAAGGUGAAAGAGCAUCUUCUACAAGCCAACAAGUUGGACCCUCUAGACACAAGCACUCUCUACCUGCUGGGAUCCUGGUGCUAUCACCUGGCAGAUAUGACCUGGAUGCAACGGAAGAUGACAGCCACGUUGUUUGCACGCGCACCCACGGCCACCUUUGAGGAAGCACUGACUUAUUUCAAAAUGGCGGAAGACGCGAAACCCAACUUCUACUGUCGAAAUCUGCUGAUGUUGGGAAAAACUUAUCUGAAACUUGGCUAUAUGGACAGAGCGAGGUAUUAUUUGAAACAGGCCAGCGAGCAUAUUGUCAACGUUGAGGAGGACCUGAGGACACAUGCUGAGGCUAGGAGGCUGCUGAAAGAGCUGGGAGAGUAAGAGAGAAGAUACAAUUGAGAAGAGGAGAAAGGGAGAUGGAAGAUACAGAUGAUAUGGACAGGAAGGGAGAGAGAAAAUACGAUUAAGAGGGAGAGUAAGGGAGAGAGAAGAUACAAAUGAUGAAG